CGAAAGAUAAUCUAAAAAGGCACUUAUAUAUGUCGCAUAACUCAAUGGAUCGCACCGCAUUGGAAAAAGUCACGCUGACGUUUAACACCACCCGCUUUGGGGUAAAGUUGGCAGAUGGUGUCUUUGAGGCCAACACUACAAUUGGCGAAAUUCAUUCCCGGUUACGGAAAAAAUUGCUGAAAGCUUUGACUGACGAUAUGGGUCAUAAUCGCCAGGGAAGCAGCGGUGGUGGGGAUUUCUACGCGUCAACUACGAUGACACACUUUUUCAUUCGAAACGGCACGGAAGCUUUCAUCCCUGCCCCUCAUCAGACCCUGGAGGAGCUACUGAGAGUUUGCACUACGUCAAAGGAUUCGCGCACGCUUGCAGCAACCAUCGAUGUGGAAGUGUUUUGUGGCUAA